AUGCCACCAAAGAAGUCUCGCUCCAUAUCUCCUGCAACCGAGCGUCGUGAACGCUUGACCUUGGCCAAACUGGCCAGUUAUGACGAUGUCGCAACCGAUGCGCUAGUCGAUCAUGCCUAUUUCUGGACCACUACACGCAAGAAUCGCACCAAGUACAGCCCAGCCCGCGGAAUCCACGAUGACGACGUAGGGCGCGUCCUCCUUCAUGACGUGGUCGUUGGCAAAGACGUACCGCAAGCUGAGCGCAAGCUGCUGGAAUUGCCUGGACUUAGGAAAUACUUGAACAAUUUACCAAGCCCUCGUGAAAAGGAGUGGUUUCGCCGCCACCUCCGCAAAUAUGUCCAGAUGUACCACCCGGACUGUCCGUUCGAGGUCACCACGACCAAUCGAUACAUUAUCACACAGCACGAAGCUGCUAUAUGUGCCCGGAAGUUCAUCAAGUCUGGCCAGGAAAUUAAGUUCCUCAGUGGAACUUUGGUCUCCAUGACCAAGGAAGAAGAGCUCGAUUUGGGCUUGACUCGACAGGAUUUCAGUGUGGUGAUGUCCAGUCGUCGGAAAACCCCUUCGUUCUUCCUUGGACCCGCUCGUUUCGCCAACCAUGACUGUGAUGCCAACGGUCGCUUGGUCACUCGAGGAAAUGAGGGGAUGUCAGUCAUGGCCACACGAAACAUCUACGAGGGAGAAGAGAUCACUGUCUCAUACGGAGAGGACUAUUUCGGUAUUGAUAAUUGUGAAUGUUUAUGCUUAACCUGUGAGCGAGCCACCCGCAACGGGUGGGCACCACAAUCACAUUCGGAUUCCGAGACGAAUAGCAAGGAGUCUACACCAGUCUCCAUGGAUGAGGAAAUCCCUGUCGAAAUUCCCAGCAAGAAACGGCGCCGCGAUUCGGACUUGGAUGCGGAAGAUCCGCCUUCCCUAUGUUCUACCCCGCGCAAGCGAGCCAAGUUCCAGCGUCAAACGUCUAAAUUGCGAGAAGAAAUCUCCCUUACUGAGCUCACCGCGACCCCGGAUUCCGACCUUCCUCCUACUCCUGACCCUGAGUUAGACUCUACUGUAGUUGCUACGCAUACUGCGCGCGACCGACACUCCAAACUCAGACGGGAGUUGAUCGUUUCUGAGAUCGUCGUCGACGCUGUUUCUGUUUCACUCCCAUCUGAUUUAGGUCCUGAUAAAUCAGGUAUCUCGGCAAUUAACAAUGACCCCGCUGCUCCGAUUGAGUCGAUUGAGACCACCAAUGUCCGCGCGGCAAUCUCCAUUGGCUAUGAAUCUGCCGGCUCUGCUACCGAUGAAUCUCAACGAUCAUCGACCUCCAGCGUUCCUACUUCAGUCAUCGAAACAGGUGUCAAUACCCGAUCCGGCGAAGCUUUACAGACAGUCGAAGUGGACGAGACGGUUGCAAUAGUCAUCGAUAAGCCCAAAACUCGUCGUACCCGUCGUAAAUGGCAAGUUGUCGUUUCUGACGAGGAUGAGACACCUAUCGCUCGAGUUCCAGGAGAUUACACGAAGACUUCACGACUUUUAGCACUGAAAUACGACCGUUGGGUCGAAUGUCAAACAUGCGAUUCGUGGUUCGUGCAGUCAAAUUCAUACCAGACACGUCGCGAGUGUCCCCGCUGCGAGCGACAUUCUAAGCUGUACGGUUACCAGUGGCCACAAACAGACGACCGCAAUGAUGGCGAGGAGCGCGUCAUGGACCACCGGACCAUUCAUCGCUUUAUCUCCCCCGAAUCCGAGGCCCGUGUAUCUCGCCGGGACCGAGGCAUUAGCUUUGGCAUCACCUUUACCCCGGAACUAUCAGAUACACGAACAGAUACAGAAGCGAGUGAUACUGCUGAGGCCCGUCGUAGCACUCGUGCGAGUCGCCGUCUCACCAGAGAACUGCGAAUGACGAUGUGA